AUGAAGCUGGGAGGCUUCCUUCUCCUGCUGACCCUCAUCACCCUCAGCCUGGAGGUGCAAGAGCUUCAGGCUGCUGUAAGACCCCUGCAACUUUUGGGGACCUGUAUGGAGCUCUGCAAUGGCGACUGGGACUGUGAGCCUGGCGAGCAGUGUGUCAGCAAUGGCUGUGGCCAUGUCUGUGGUACAGACUAAGAACAGUUUCUACCUGCAAAGAUGUCACUGGAACUCCUUGCCUGAGAAGACAGAUGAAAGUCAGAGAAAGACAGAGACUACAUGGAGUAAGGGGGGAAGGUGCUUAUUUUAAUAAAUCAUCAUUGUUAAAGUCUCCACACUACCUGAGUAAC